AUGUGCGGGCCGAACAGCGCCACAGCCUCGGGCUACAAGACGCAGGACCACCUGCAGCCGGCACCUGCGUCCGAGGCCGCCGAUGGAGACCUGGUGGUUGAGGAAUUCCCGAUCAGCUUUGGUGGCUACACGUAUCCACACGGCCGCAUCGCCUACGUCAAGGGACGGCAGCCAACCCCCGUCAUCCUCGUCCACCACAACUACGCGGGCUGCAAGCGGUUUGACGUGGACCAGGCGGCGUACCUCGCGCUCUGCGGAUACGUCGGGCUCGCGGUAGACUUAUACCCGGAGUGCGAGAUGUACACUUCAGCCGACCGCUCCGUGAACGUCGACAGGGCCCGCCACUUCAAGGGCUCGUUCGACUACAUGCAGUCGCUUCUCGUCGACCCAGCGAAGUGGCGCUCGCUCAUGGGCGCGUUCAUGGCUGCGGCGGACGUACACCCCGCUGUGGCGGCCGGGAAAGCGGGCUGCAUCGGCUAUUGCCUCGGCGGCCAGAGCUGCUUCGAGCAGCUUCGAGCUGGUCACGCGAUCCAGGCGCUCGUCUCGCUGCACGGGCUGCUCCACUCGCGGCCGAUGGUCGAGGGCCUCCCCUUUUGGGACCCGCUCCAGCGCAUAAGUGCCGAGGAGUACGCGCAACGCAUCCAGCCGCCGCCGAGCGCGAUGACGCCUGGUUGCAUUGUGCUCGUCGAGAACGGAGCGGACGACGAGCACGUGCCGGAGGACAUGCAGAAGGAGUGGAUCAAGGAGAUGGACGGCAGCGGGGUCGACUGGCGCUUCACCAACCAUGCGCGAACGCCACACGGCUUUGCACUCGCCCCCGGCGUCGUCGCGACCUCGUACAUGGAGGCGGCCGAUCGUAGGUCGACCCUGUCGAUGCUUGGCGCGUUCGCAGAGGCAUGGCCGCAUGUCGAGCAGCACCAUGUGACGCGCAACGCCUCGGGCACCAUCAUCCCCUACGCGAUCCCCACCUCCGCCGAGCUCGCGCUGCCGAUCAGCGCCAUCGGCGAUGCGAAGCCUCGGGGUUAG